GUAUAUAUAUGUAUGUAGAAAUAUAUUCUUCCCGUAGGGAAAAAACCAGACCAAAAAUAAACCCAAAGGUUGUUCACUUUGUUGUCGACUUAAAAAUAUACCCGUCCCCCAAUUUUGUUUUUGUCUUUUUUUACUAAUUAAUUAAUUAAAUUAAUUAAUGUUCACAUGAAUUUUUAAAAUCAUUUUUUUAAUACCCUACCAUUUAUUCUACAAGUUAACUUCAUUUAUUUAUUUGAACCAUUUUUCAAUAUUUCCCCAUCACGAAAAUUGGGACUUCUUUUCGUUUCUAUUCCAUUUAAUUAUCCUUCCUUCCUUUUUUUUUUUUUUUUUAAUUCAAACAUACGAUAUCUGAUGAUGUUCGGAUCCCUAAGGCCAGCUUGCUCUAUACUUUCUGCAAGAACACACACGUUAAAUAGACCAUCAUUACAAACAUUAUCAUCUUCAUCAUCAGUGACAGCAGAAACUUCAUAUUUUACAUUCUGAAGGGGACAUAUUAUCUGAUUAAAAAAAGAAAAAGAAACAAAGCGACAUGCAAAAAGAAAAAGGCCAAGAAAUUUACACCCAAUUUACACAUGAUUGUAAUUAACAACUACAAUAAUUAUAAACUGCGAGAAAAGAAAAAGAACGUUUGUGAAAGUUAUAUAAUCCCUGCUUCGAUGUUCGGGAACAAAACACGAUUAAAAGACAUUUUGGUUUGCAGUAGCAACCGUCUAAAGAAAGAAAACGGAGGUGUACAGGAAAAAAAUAGUUUAAUAUCCAGCCAAAUCUAACUUAAUGAAGAUGCUACCAUGUAGUUACACGAAGGGAGGAGAAUUUGGACAGCGAGAGCUGUUGGAAGCGAUCUCCUACGAUGAUGUGGACAAAGUCCGAAGAUAUAUCAAAGAAAAGAAUGUCUGUCCAUGUUUUGUCCUGGAAGGCUACAGUCCUAUAUGUGUGGCUUCCGAACGAGGUAAUAUCGAUGUAUUAAAUAUGCUUAUUGAGGCUAACUGUGAUUUGGCCCAACCUGACUUUACAGACCACAUUUGGUUUCGGCGACCUAUCCAUAUCGCCGCUGCCAAGGGUCACUUGAACUAUGUCCAGGCCCUUUUAAAAGUCGGUGUCGAUGUCGACUGUCGAGACGGUGAUGAGAAGACGGCACUGCACUGGGCUUCGACUCAUGGACAUGUUCAAAUUGCGGAAUAUUUAAUCAGAAUGGGGGCCAGUGUGAACAUAGCUCAGAUGGACCGUUUUACACCACUCCAUGCUGCUACGUGCCUGGGACAUUUGGAUAUUUGUGAACUGCUUAUUCGGUAUGGUGCCAAAGUCGAUAUGGUCGACAGAGACGGGUGGGCACCUAUACACACGUCAACAUGUUACGGUUACAUAAAGGUUGUGGAAAUGUUGAUUCGGGUGAGUGCCGAUAUUAAUCGAACUACAAACGAUAACGAAACGGCUCUUCACAUAGCGGCUAGCUGCGGACAUUUACACAUAGUGAAACUCUUAGUUAGCUGUGGAAUCGAUGUAGAGGGACAAACCCUUCACGGUUUCACUGCAUUCCACCUGGCUGUUUAUCACAAUAGGUAUGAAGUGGCUAAAUAUUUAAUUACCGAAAACGUUAAACUUAACACAGCCAACAACGCAGGACAUUCGCCGCUCUACACUGCCACAUUGAGGGCAGAUUCGAAAAUGAUCAAAUUACUUGUACAUUCUGGUUACAAUGUAAACUCUGAGAGUUGGUUGCGGUUAAAGAACCCUCCCUUUCGGGUCAGUCCUCAUGAGGAAGUUAUGCUAUGGCUUUUGGAACUGGUUGGUAACCCUAAAUCUCUCACCGAUAUAUGUGCCCUCACUAUUCGCCAACAACUAGGAAGGCGAUUGGACAAGGUGAACGAUUUAAAUCUUCCAACGCAAUUAAAAGAGUUGAUUUCAUUUGACUUUUUAAGGUAGCUUCAAAAAAAAAAA